AUGUGCUCCCGGGCAAGUCAUGUGACCCGUGCUGCAAUCUCAUUCCCCUGAAGUGAUUUUUGCGGGGUGAGAGCGUGGCAUGAGAGCACGCAAGAUCACGGCACUCAAAACGGCCACCACAAUCUCACUCAAAAACUGGGAUGUCCUGUUUUUCCCGGGACACCUGGCGGGUAUGCAAAACUUUCCUUCUGACUGGACUCCUAGGCCUCUAAGGGCAGUACUCAACAAUUUGGAACAUGAGAUUUUGGGAAAGAUACAUAGUUGCCAAUUCAUGCCCAAAAACACACUCCAAAGGCACCCAGAGCAUUUUGAGUUGAAAACACUAUUUUAAAGGGAAACUGCUGCAGUCUGUUGACUAACCCACCUUGCUGCAGGAACCAGGGCAGGACAAGCUAUUGCAGUGUAAAUUAAUUUCAAGGUACAGAAGGGGGGAAAGAGCCUAUGAGGAGCCUCAGCCAGUGGGAGAAAAGCAUGAAUAUCUGAAAAGGCUGUGAAGGGGGUCGAUACCACAGCUGCCCAAGUCCUCUCAGAGGGGUGAUUUUUUGCAGAAGGGAAGAAUUGGUUCCAAAAACAUGUCUUGCAAUAUGUUGGAGUGUGGGACAGGGGAGACAUUCUGCUGGUUGCCAUUUUAUGUGUUGUUUGGCUAUUCCGUUUCUAAAUAAUAAAUAGAUAAAUGAAAUUUCAAGCUGCUGAGUACAUUUUUCCAUAAACUGAGGAGAACGAAGCAAGCAGACACCUGCUCACACCAUGGGUCUCCUCUGUCUUCUGCAUGGCCCAAAAUCUGUUCCAUAAGGUUGAGGGACCCUCCAGAGCAGUUCUGAGGGGGCAUGGAAGGGGAGCUGGAGGCAGAAGAAGCAACGGUGCAAACUUGAAUAAAAUAUUGGGGGGGACCUAGGUAAGCCCCACCAUGCAUAAUCAAUCACAUGAUGUGGUGCAUGCACACCAUUUGAACAGCAAUGCCCAUCAACUUGGGGGGGGUCCUCAAAUAUUUUAUUGGGGGAGCCAAAGCCCCCUCGGCCCCUAGGAGUUGGCUCCUAUGGGAAGAAGAGAAACCAGAAGAAGUCCUAUUGUAGAAUAGAUAUAUUGUCUUCACAAUUCAAUCAACAUGAAGUAUUGGAUGGGAAGUAAGAAUUUACAACUAUUGGAGGGAGCAAAAUCGGCUACCAAAAAAAUGGUUAAUAUCAAUAAAUGGGGGGUGAGGCCUAGCACUAAGUAAGGCCUAGCAUGGCCCUUGAGCUUGAGUUGGCUUCUUUGACAGCAUUGUCCUUAUACAGUGGUACCUUGGGUUACAAACACUUCAGGUUACAGACUCCGCUAACCCAGAAGUAGUACCUCAGGUUAAUAACUUUACUUCAGGAUGUGAACAGAAAUCACGCAGUGGCAGCAGGAGGCCCCAUUAGCUAAAGUGGUGCUUCAGGUUAAGAACAGUUUCAGGUUAAGAACGAACCUCCGGAACGAAUUAAGUUCUUAACCAGAGGUACCACUGUAACUUGGGUGUAAGUUCCAUUCACAACAAAAUCAUACUUCACUAAAUUCGCCAGGUUGGAUGGUGCAAACCUAUACAUUCAUACGCAGAAGAAAACCCCACUGGGGUUUCAAUGGGACUUUGAACUCAUUGGUGGUUGAGGUGAACAAGGUGAAUGACAACAGGCCUGACUGCCUGCCAAGUCCACAUAGGAUUGCAGUCUGAGUUUGUUUGUUCCUCUGGAAUCCUUGAUAUCUUUGCAUCACCUUGAGCGCCCUCAAGACCAGAAAAACAAACACCUGUUAAGCUUAACUAACUACCGGUCAAGCCCAGGGAAGCAGCCAAGGAGGCCUGGGAGCUCAUGACCAAGACUUCUGCAUCUUCUGGCUCUUCAACGUGGUUUUGAGGAGAGCAGGGGUGCCGGCAGCUGGAGGAGGAAAGGAAGGGGCCUGAAGCCUAGUUGGUGUACAGUGGUGAAUGGAGCCCAAGGGAUGGAUGCUGAAAGAUAUAAAUGCAUAUCCAUAUGCCACUGGUGAAUACAUUGCUCUGUUUAACUGGCGGGAUGAACAGAAUUAUACCAUGAGCCAAUUACGUGAUGAAAUGUAUUUUUUCCAAGAUUUGGACAGAAGAAAACAGGGUGCGGCGGUUAUGUGGUGAAACACAAUGACUAAUUAGUGUGAACAUGGCUAAAUAAAAACAAAACGGUUUGAGUUUUUGCAAGUGAGAUUCACCCGAACCGUGUAGUUCACACAGCCUUGUUUUUCUCAGCAAUGAAAUCUUUGGGUUUUGAAAAGGUGUCAAACAUGUGAGAGAGAAAAGAGGAAGUUAUUAGCUCCCUGGACCUCAAUUGUUUGUUUAUUUUCACACCUUUCCUUCACACCUUCAGGCCAGUUAGGACGUCACUAACUGGAAAUUUUCUUUUUUUAAGGCACUUCAUAAGAGAAUGGUUAAGGGGAAACUCUGAAGGCCUCAUUGCAACAGAAAUGAAUCCCGAACAGAAACUGUGGGUCACUCGGCAGAGGUCGGGUUGCUUCAAUCAACUCCAGCCUUGGGAUCGGUGAGGUAAUUUUAAUCUGUUUAGCAUUUAAACUUCUGUAUGUUUUAAAGAAGAGUUGUAGAUUUAUUACGAUUUUACUGUUUGAAAACUGCUUUGAGGGGUUUUUUUUACAAUAAAUAAAUAAAAUAAAAGAGAGCUUUAUUUUUACAUUAUGGGUCUUGAGAAGAUAGGAACAUAGAUACCCCACAGGAGAAGGGACUCCUUGGGAUGUCCUAGCCAUUCCAGGAAGGAAGUGAACGAUACAAUGCCUGAGAAAGAGGAGAAGCAUUUUUAUCCUGUACUCAGGGGUCUUCUGUUGAUUCUUGGGCUUCCUAGCUGAUGCUGAAUUGCAAGUCUUCCUUGCUACCAUCUUCCAACUGAGCAUCUUUAUGUAAGGGAGGCUGGGGGAGUAGAUGGGGCUUGGAGCUGCUGCAUGUGAGGCUUGGAGAAGGCUGCAAAGGUAGCCUUUCUGUAUCCCACCAGCUUCCCUAUAGUCCAGCAUUCAGUUGCCUCUUGGAGCUGAGAACUUCAAGGAUAAAGAACAACUGGUCAACCUUCCAGAAGCUCCACUUCAGCUCCUGUUAUCAGAGCCAAAUGGGAAAGGCUGAAGCUCAGUGGUAGAACAUCUGCUCUGCAAGAGGAAGGUCCCAGGAUCAAUUCCUGGCAUCUCCCGGGAAGGCUGGGGGAGAAGCUCACCUGCAACCUUGGAGAGCCACUGCUGCCAGUUUGUGUAGGCAAUACUGGGCUCAAUAUAAGGCAGCUUCCUUAUGUUCCGAUACCAGGACAGAGCAACAGCUGGCAGGGAACAACAUAGGCACAUGAACCUUGCACCAGGCACCAUAUUCAGCUUGAAGACUUCCCACCACUCAGCCAACAGAGAGGUCUAAAGAAGGUAGGUGAGAAAAGCCCCAGGGCUCCUUGCUAACUUCUCCCAAGCUUGUUACUCAGCUAUGUCCCAGCUGGGCUACCUGCCAAGCUGCUUCUUGCCUCCAAGCUACGGAUUAUGCUAGGAAGCUGGAGGAGGGCAAGGGGGCUACCCAACAGUCUGGCCGAAGCCUCAUGCUUUAUUGAGAGAUUCCAGAGCCCUCAGAUGAAUAUUGGGCUUCAAAGAAGUAUGUAGGGGAGAAGAAGGCUAUCGGAAAGCUUGCUCAAAUGCUAGGCUUUUGUUUUCUAUGAAUUGGCUGCGUGGAAGGAGGUAAAUGAAAGUCAGGUGCUCAGCUGUGAAAUUUCUCACCUCACCGUUCAGCAGCAGGCUUUAAACUAGUGGGCCAGGGAAGGUACCUGAAAGCUUACUCUAAGCCUAAGGACUCCUGCUCUCUUGAAGGGGUGCAAGGCUUAUGGGAAGCUGGUGGGGAGGAAGGAAGCUACCCAAAAACCUGUCCCAGCCUGAUCCUCAGCUGGGAGAUGGCAAGGACCCAGCUGAGCACUAGGCUUGCAACAAGCUGGACAAGUGCAAGGGAGUGCUAUAAAAUCCAUGUCAGCUGUAAGAUCCCCUUACACUCAAAAGGGUGUAAGGCUUAUGGGAAGCUGGUGGUGAGGAAGGGAGCUAGCUGAAAGCCAGAGGAAAGCAUGGGGUCUAGCUGAAAGUCUGGCUGGAGCCUCAUGCUCUACUGGGAAACUCCUGAGCUCCCUGAGGAGUGUUGAGCUUUUAAGAAGUAGGUUGGGCAGAAGGUUGCCUACUGUAAAAGCUUGCUCAAAUGUAAUGGUCAGCUAGGACAGACUUUUGGAUAGCUCCCUUCCCAAUGAACUUUCGGCUUCCAGAGAAUUGGCUGAGGUGACUGAAAGUCUACCCCAGCCAGAUGCUCAGCUUAGAAAUUUCUGACCCCUCCAGUUCAGCAGCAGGCUUUAAGGUAGGGAGUACCUGAAAACUUGCUGCAAGCCUAAUGAUCAUUUGGGAGACUCCUGCUCUCUCUAGGAGGAGCGUAAGGCUUUGAGAAGCUCCCUUUCGGAAGGGAGCUACCUGAAAGCUUGCCCCAAGCCUGAUCCUCAGGAGGGUAAUCCCCCAAACCCAGCUAAGCACUAGGCUUAAAACAAGCUGGGUACAAGUAGUUUCUGGAAAAUCCAUCUGCUGUGAGACUCCCUAGCUUUAUGUAAUAGCAGCAGGCUUCAUGAAAUCUGGAAGGGAACAAGGAGGAAAACUGGAGCUCUGCCCCACCUGAUGCUCAGCUGGGAGAUCAUUCAGUAACUAGCUUAGCAUCAGGAUUCAGGGAUGCUGACCCUGGAGCAAAUAGGAAAUCUGAAGCCAGCCCUGUGUGUAAGGUUUUACAGGUGCUGGGGAGCAUCUGGAGUGGUGGGGGGCUGCCUGGAGCCCUGCCGUGAGCCCAGUGCUCAACUGGGGGAUUAUUGACUCCCCCAACUGAAGGCUGGCCUUCAGGUAAGCUGGUGGGGAGCAUCAAGGAAGGGGCUACCUUCUAUUUCUGCACUGAGCCUGGUUCUCAGCUAGGAGAUUCUUGAGCCCCAGCCAGGCGCUAGGAGUCACAAAAGCUGGUAGAGAGCAGCUGGGGGGGAUCUAGAUCCCUCCCAAAGCCUGAUGCUCAGCAAGGAGAUUCUUAAUCACCUACCUAAGUGUUGGGAUUCACAUAAGCUGGGGGAGGGGAGCAGCUGGGGUGGUAGGCUGCCUGGAUGCCUACCCACAUGCUUGCCACAAGCUGAUGCAUCGCUGGGAGAUACAUGACAACGCACUUGAGUGAAAUGCUUCACAAAAGCUAAUAGGGAGCAGCUGGUGGGGCAGCAGCCUGGAUGGCUGGCCAAGGGCCUCAUGCUCCACUGGGAGACUCCUGUCUACCCAGCUUAUUGUUGGCCAUAAGCGUGUGGGAAGCAGCAGAAAAGUGGGGCUACUUGGAUUUUUGCUCAGGCUUGAUGCUCACCUGGGGGAUAAGUUGGUAGGGAGCAGAUGAGAGGCUACCUGGAUGCCUUCUUUGAGCCUGGGAGAUUCUUCACUACCCAGCUGAACAUUAGGAUUUACAAAAGCUGGACGGAGGCUGCCUGGGUGGCUGCUACAAGCCUCGUGCUCAGCUGGGGGGAAUUUUGGCCAUGCAACUGUGUGUCAGGCUUCAUAUAAGCUAGUGGGAAGCAGCCAGAAGAUGGCUGCCCCAAGACUGAUGCUCAGCCAAGAGAUGCAAUCAGAAGGUUCCAGGACUGGCUGGGAACAAAGGGACUGCCUGAGAGCUUGCUCUCACCUUAUGCCCAGCUAGGAGUUCCAUCUGCAGGGAGGAGGGUGGCUGAAAAUCUUCCCCAGCCAAAUGCUUAGCUGGGAGAUUCCUGAAACCACUACCCCCAGAUGAGCAGCAGGGUCUAGCCUGGCAGAGAAUCUUGCCCCAAGCCUAAUGCUCAGUUGGGGAACCCCAAAACCUCUCAGAUUAUCAUCAGGCUUCAAAUAAGCUGCUGGGGAGAUGCAGGAAUCUCUCAAAGCCUGCCCCAUGCUCAUCUGUGGGGCUUGAGCUUCCCAGAUGCACAGGUGGCUUCAGAAAGGCAGCAAUGAAGUGAGGAGGUAUCUCAAAGCCUGUGCAAAAUAAAGCCUGUGUUAAACAGAGUCGCAACCUUCCUGAGCAACAGCAGGCUGCGGAGAAGCCAGCCGGGAGUAGCCAGGGUAUGGGGGAACUGGCUGAGAGCUGGGAGGUUCCAAUGAUGGGUUCCUUGCCAUGUAGGCAGCAGGAGGUGCUAUCUGAAACUCUGGUUCUAGCCUGGUGCUCAACUGGGAGAUUCUUGACUAUCCAGAUGAGCAGCAGGCUUCAUGGGGGCUGCGUGAACAAGGAGUUAUGGGGGGAAAUCUGACCCAGGCCUGAAGCUCUGCCUGGAGACCCCCCAAUUCCUACCAGAAGUGUCUUUGAGGUGCCCAAGUUCUACUCCAUGUUCAGAAAGUAUUCUUUGGAGCAGAAAAAUCUCCAAGCUUUGCUGCACCACAAGCACUGAAGCCCUGGAAUCUCUCUCAAGUGAGUUGCUAUCGAUGAGUGGGCUGAGCUGGUUAGGGCAGAAGGCUUGUCAAAACUCCUAGUUGCAGGGAAAGUUUCAGGAGACCCACUGAAAGACCACUUUCUGGGUUCUGUACCCAGCCCCGGGAUGGUAGAGUAAUCGAGAGGUUUAGCUAAGCAGGAAAAUGCAAUUUGGUAUACCUGAGAAAGGCAGCCCCAAGGAACUGCACACUCCUGGGAGAUGGAAAAGGACCAUAACAGUUUAAACCUAGCAUGAUUCUUAGUGGUUGGAAGCUGAAGUGAGAGCAAGCUAGGUUUGAUCCUCAGGAUAGGAAAGAUGUGUAUUGAACACCAGAACUUUUGAAUUCUCUCCUAGGGAGGUAAGACUUCCAGGGUUACUGUGUGAGAAGCAGACAUAACCAGGACUAGACCAAGAGGGGCUUGUCCCUAGCUUUGGAAGGGUAGUGGGUUUUAGAACAGGCAGAGGCAAACUCGGCCCUCCAGAUGUUUUGGGACUACAACUCCCAUCAUCCCUAGCUAACAGGACCACUGGUCAGGGAUGAUGGGAGUCGUAGUCCCAAAACAUCUGGAGGGCCAAGUUGGCCUAUGCCUGUUUUAGGACAAAGGCAUUUCAGAAAGCUGGAACUGACUGGAUAGGUUAGGGAACUGGGAGCCAUAGCUCCUAGAUUCUGUCGAGGGCUGCUAGCUGGCAGGGGUGGGGUGGGACAACCUCGCUGUGCCUUCAAAAGCAGCUUGAAAAGCUAUGCCUGCUGAACUUCUACCUGCUUCGGAGAUACUAAAGGCACAGGGAACAUGGCAGGAGGAAAGUUCUCCUAUGCUGUAGUUGGCUGAAUUUUAUGUAUUGUAGGGUUGCCUUUUUUGAUUUCAUCAUUUUACUGAUUUGUUGCAUGGUUGAUUUUAAUUUUGUCUAUUUGAUUUACGUACACUGCCUGGAAUAUGCUCUUUUUAUUAUAAACAACUUAGAAGCUAAAUAGUUGAACCUCUGCUUUAUCAGAUAGAAGAAAGUAGCAGGCCAGUGCAUCGUCAUUUAUGGAAUAGGUUAGGCCCACAAACCACCAUCUUUCACAUUUAGAGCUCAAAAACCGUUGCAACUGACUAUACGAACUGACUUGGCUUCAUAUUAUGGCUCGAUUUUAUCUGUUGUGGAUUGUGUCUUGUUGAUUUAAUCAUUUUACUGAGUUGUUGCAUGGUUGGUUUUAAUUUUGUCUAUUUUAUAACAUAUGCUACUGGGAGAAUUAUUAUUUUUUAAAGUUACUCAUAAGCUGAAUAGUUGAACAUCCACUUUUAUCAGUAGGGGGAAAGUAUCAGGUUAAUGUUUCAUCAUUUGUGGAGUAGGUUGGGCCCAUAAACCACCAGCUUCUGAUACCCCGUAGACUAGAUAAUCUUACACAUUUAUAACUCCAAACAAGUUGCAAUUGGCUGUACAAACUGAUUUGGCUUCACCUUCAUAUUAUUACUGCCAGUUAAUGAAGUUCAAAAUCUCAGUUUGCUUGCCUCUCCAUUUUUGUUUCUUCUGUUGACCAGCACUAUUUUAUUGUCCUCUUACCCAGUUUCAGUCAAGUUUGUAUGUGAGGGGGCACUAAGCAGGAUGCAGGACACCUGCAACCUGCCGCUGGUGCUGAACAAAGAGGAAGUGAGAGAAGUCGCACAACUAAAAGGAGGCCUGGAAUUUUGAGAUGUGGGCAAUGCCAGCCAAAAAUGCCACCCGAGAGAGUGAGAAACAUGUGCUGACUCAAGACAUAAGUCUAUUAGUGUUCAAGGAAGCUAUGUCACAUUCACACCAUACAUUUAAAGCACUUUCGUCCCACUGUUUCAUGGCUUCCCCUAAAGAAGCCUGGGCACUGUAGUUUAAGGGUGCUGGGAGCCGUUAGGAGACCCCUCAGAGAGCCACACUUCCCAGCAUUCUUUGGGCAAAGCCAUGACUUUUAAGGUGAUGUAAGAGCACUUUAAGUGGAUGGUGUGGGUGUGACUGUGUUCCGAGGCAAGUGCAUUCAGGAUUGCAGCUAUAGAUCUUGAGCCAGGAUCCAAAUCUUGAUUGCUUCAUCCCACUGGUUUCAGUUAGAUGAAAGGGGCUUAAAUCUAAUGACUUGGUCUCAGAUGGGUGGCGAGUCAGCCAUCAAAGUGGCUAUUACCUUUUCUUUUUCAUCUUACUCUGAACCAAGAUAACUCAGUAGCUAAAGGCUUUCUCACUGUGGCAGGAAAAGCUUCCCCACUUAACUUUCUGGGGGACACCCGAGCGCAGCCCAAAAGCAGGGAAGGAGCUGCCAACCUCAAGUGUAAAUGUAUCUGGUCUAGACACUUGUGAUUUGCAAUCUGUUGAGCAACUGGAAGCUUUGUCAUGGGGCAGGAGUCCAGAAGCACCCUCUUGGCCUAAGGCUCCACACCUCCUAACGGACACAAAUACCUUGUUCUCUUAGAGGUAGUAAACCUAGGUCUCAGAGGUAACACGCAGCUAAUACUCUUUCAUAAAAACAAAACAAAUCCCCACAUUGUUUUUUAAAAGCACUGUUCAUUUUCCACUUGUCAGAACACUGGGGAGGUUAGGAACUUCUUGCCAAGGUGCCAAAUGUGGCCCUCUGUCCAACUUUUAAAACCCUCCCCAGACCUUUCCUUUAGUGUUUUUCCCUGGUUGGAAUAUGCCAAUGAAUUGGGAUAAUGGCUCUUGCUUAUCUGGGUGGGGGAAAUAGAGAGGCAUGUGUGUGCAGAAUUCUGACUUUCCUACAACUAGGAUGUACAAAGGUAAGAAUUGCAUGUGUUUUUCUGUUCACCCUUGUUGCCUUUUUGCCUUUGGUCCUGCCCGCGAAUGAAAUGUGGCCCCUAGAAGCCUGGUUACAAGGGAUGUGGCCCUUUGCUAUAAAUAUUUCUUCCCUUUCCUUUGGGCAUAGGCAGAUGCGGAUUUGCCACCACAGUGACAACUAGACCAAAACGACAGCCUUUCUCCUUACUGCUUUCCCCCAAGCCCCUCACCCCACACUCUCUCACACUCCUUUCCCUUUUGCAUGAAAGGAUCCCCCAUCUAAUGGCUGCAAGAUUCUCUGUUGCCAUAUCUUUCUCUCUGUUUUGUCAACAUACCAUGUAAAAUAAGAAAUUCUCCAGUAUUGUCAUACUGUACGUGAUGAACUUGCAGCCCAAAAGCUGAGGUGGAAUUCACUGAAUAACAGUGCAAAUGCAGCUUAAGGACAGACAUCAGGCAUUCGGCAAUUUUUAAAGAAAACCAACCCAGUGGCGUAGCGUGGGGGUGCAGGGGGAGCCGGCCGCACCGGGCACAACAUCUGGGGGGGCGCGCUCACACUCGCAGCUCUCUGCCCCUCCCUGGCUCACUCACUCUCUCUCACUGCAGUGCUGGCUGUGCGAAUCCGAUCCGAGCCGCUGGGUCGCAGCCCACUGUGGAGGGGGUGGGUGCCAGGCGUGCGGUGCGGUGCGGAGAGAGAGCGAGGGACUAUCUGGGGGAGGGAUAGUGCAGCGGCCGCCCAGCGCAGCGCUGAGCGCGGGAGAGAACCACACCAGACCAGACCAGGCAGCAGCAAGAAGAAGCUGGCAGCGGCGGCAGGUUAGGGGUUAGGGGGCGCAAAUUACUUGCCUUGCCCCGGGUGCUGACAACCCACGCUACGCCGCUGAACCAACCUGCCAGUGGGUGUUGAACAGGGCUGUGUCUAUUCUGCAAAUAAUUCAGCAUCCUAAGCUUUCACUGUUUUUAAAGCAUAGCUGAGAAAAUAAGCCUGAAAGUCAACAGAUAUUUCCUCCCCACCCUCUAACAAAUAGCAGUGAGAUCAAUCAUGGAACCUUCUUCAUUCCAGGUGAGCUUAGCACUUGUCGACAAUGGCAAAAAUAAGAAUGACCUCAGACGUGCCCAAGUGUCUUCAGGUUGAUGCGUCCCUCAAAUAAUGUUUACCAGGCCCCUUACGGGGUUUGAGGCUCUUAUUGUUAAUGCUGGCUCUAAGAGGAAAGGAUUUGUCUUGAGGAUUAAUAAGAUCUUAAUCGAAAUUUGAGCAGGUGUCGUUGCAUGGCUGAGAGGAGGCAGAUAUGAGUGAACAGAGGGAUGAAGCGUAUAUAUCUAUGGUGCUCUAGACCAGAAAAGUCAAUGUCUCCCUGUAUAAGGGAAAACAUAUAGAGAUUAACCUACAGUACCACUGUCACCUAUGGAAGAUAACACAGCACCAACAGGUUGGCUUGAAUGUGGUGCUAGAGGCACUUAUUACCACUCACUGUGUUGUGAUGAAGGCAUAAAUGAGGCGAUGAGAUCCUGCAACUCCCGCUCAGCUCAUGGAAUCAUAGAAUAGCAGAAUUGGAAGGGACACCCAAGCAGCAUCUAUUCAAACUUCUGCAUUGCAGGAACACAAAAACAUCCACAUUUGCUGGACAGCAUACCCUCAACAUGCAUUUCUGUCUUUUUUUUUAUUGCAGCGAGCACCACAGCCCCGACGGUCUUCCCAUUGCCUCCCUGUAGCCAAGACUCCUCUACUGCCUCCCAGGUCUCCAUAGGUUGUCUGGUCUCUGGCUACUUUCCUGAACCGGUCACAGUACGGUGGAAUUCAGGAGCCAUCUCCAGCGGCAUCCGGACUUUCCCUGCAAAAUUGGAUUCAUCCAGAGGCCUCUACACCCUCACCAGCCAGCUCACCGUCCCAACCAGCACCUGGGAAUCAGAGAAGUUCCAAUGCAAUGUCGCCCAUGCAGCUUCCAGCUCCACAAUCAACAAAGACAUUGAGCGUGAGUCUGGCUGGGCCUUUGUUAUCUGCUUCCUCUUUAACCUACAAAUGGAUGGUCGAUCUGGCAAAAGAAAGAAAAGUAAAAUACAAGGGUUGGGAGAGACGGGAAAUGGAUUCAAUAUAUUUGGGUAGUGUUAUUGUCUAGUACCAAGGCAUGUUAAGCGCAGCAGCAGCUCAACGUUGGCUCACAAACGAAAUGUGGGAGACAACUUUGGAGUUGUCUGUUCAGCACUAAAAGUGAUGUUAGGGUUGUGCCAUUUAAGAUUUCAGUCUUGGGGGCUAGGUACAGCAACAUCCAGCGGCAUUUUUUUAAAAAAUACACUUUAGUUUUAAAUUGUUAAAUUUGUGGUGAUUUAUUUUUAAAGUUUAUUUAUUGCUGCUUUAUUCUCAGAGCAAUGUUACCAGCAUGUGUACCACACACAGUGUGUGCUGAUAAUAGUAUUCAUGACCUGCUCCUUUAAACUGCUUGUAUUCACUUGCGCAACCAAUAGUAGGGAAGUAUCUUGGUGAGGCUGAUCAAAACUUUGGGAUUAGUAGGAGAGACAAAAGUGGCGAAUGGCAGAUGAAUUAGUGGCCGCUCACUCUCCAGUCUUCUAUCGAAGUGGGUCCCUCAAGACAUACAUUGAGUAGGAGACAGGUCCCAGACUAGAGAUCACUAAAAUCACAGAGAAGUGGUAUUAAUGCCCCUCACAUAUGGAUGGGUUGAGAAGAUCAAUUUGGUUCAUAUUUCAAGACAAAUAUACAUAAUUCGCAGUACUUGAACCAAAACAUGUCCAUCAUUUCCAACUUACACUUCUUUAAAUUGUGCAAAGCUGUUCAUCAGCCAAGUAAUGUGCACAAAGAAUACAUAUCGUGUGUGAGUGAAUAAUAUAUAAGAAUGUGUUACAUUAGGAGCACUGUUUUACAGGAAUGUUUAUAUUAGGCAAAAUAUCACUCAGAGGUGUGUAUAUUAAGAGAAGUUUGAAUUAAAAUGCAGAUGACUUUUCAUAAGGACUGGUUUGCUGAUUGGUGUGAAAAAAAACUUGAAAAAUAAGCAACUGAGAGGAACCAUAUCUGACAGAUUCACCCAUCUCUGCCUUUCUAUAAUGUAGGAACCUCUGCAAAAUCACCAGUGGCCCCGGAGGUCCGCCUGCUCCAUUCCUCCUGCGAUUCCAAAUCCGGUGGUGCCACCAUUGAGCUGUUCUGCAUUAUCUCCAGCUUCUACCCCAAAACGUUGACGGUGGAAUGGCUGGUAGGUGGGCAAGCCGGGCUCCUGCCUUCAUUCACUGAGCAGCCCAAGAAGGAUGCCCACGGAUACACUUUCAGUACCACAAGCACAGCCAAUGUCAGCCAAGCUGACUGGAAGGCUGGGAAUGUCUACUACUGCCAGGUGUUCCACGAAGCAACACAAACGAAGGUGAAGAGCAAAGCCAAGAUAUGUGAAGGUAAGAGCAGCUGACUAAGUUGGCACUUGAGUUUCCCUCUGUUUUGGUGGGCAUGGACUGGAACGUGAGGGGGAGGGCUGCUUCCAGAUUGCAGCUUCCUCCUACUUCAUUUAUACAUAUAUAGAUAUAGCUGCUUUCAAUUAUGUCCCAUUGAAUUAAGCCUUGAACACAUGACCUUACUAGUAGAGUAGUUGUUUUCCAUUUCUGCUGGAAGCAGGACUCAGGGAAGACAUAGGGGAGUGGACAUCAGAGUGCCCCAGAUGUCCAUGAAAAGUCUUGGCAAAUAUGCUAUCCUCUUCAGGGUCAGGGGAUGUUUUCCAUCCUCUACAACAUGUAGUUUGACUCAAUGGUGUAAACCACCUCCUGGAUAGAACAAUGUAGUCUUGAUAGCAGAAGCUGAUAUUGUAGAAGGGGGUGAUAGGGAACUGUUUGUUCCUGCUCAUUGUUCACAAUGGAAUAUGGAGCUUUUUUAAUUUUAGGACAACCAAGGGCAGCAAACACCAGCUUCAUUCUUUUAAUAUUUGUACCAAGUCUGGAGUUUUUGCUCCCUUUUACUCUGGAGCAAGGAAUGCCCUUGUUAACAGAUUAUUAUUAUUAUUAAUAAUAAUAAUAAUAAUAAUUUAUAUUUGUACCCCGCCCAUCUGACUGGGUUACCCCAGCCACUCUGGGCUGCUUCCAACAAAUAGAAAAGCAUAAUAAAACAUCAAACAUUAAGAACUUCCCUAUACAAGGCUGCCUUCAGACGUAUUCCAAAAGUUGUAUAGUUAUUUAUCUCCUUGACAUCUGAUGGGAAGAAGUGAGAGUCAAAUAGAGAACUAACAUGAAGUUUGUGCCUCCAGAUGCCACCGUCUGCCCUUCCACUGGCAUUGACGUAAGAAUCAUAGUCCCAACUCCAAAAGACCUGUACGUAAACAGCGACCCCAAACUCAUCUGCGUGGUGGAAAACUUGAUAGAUACAGAUGGGCUGAUAAUCACCUGGUCACGGCAGACACCAGGACCUGUUAGCCAAGAACUACUGGAAACAAAAGAAGAGCCUAAUGGAAAGUUCACCGCUACGAAGGCCCUCUCUGCCACAACGUGGCUACAGGGAGAUGAAUUCACCUGCAAAGUGGAAUAUCCAGGCCUGGUUGCUCCCAUCAUUAGGACCAUUGCCAAGACGACAGGUAAGGGGGAAACAGGGCUGGUCUCCCAUCCCAGGGCUGGUGGUUUUGUGUUACAGAAGGAAAACACAACACAACUUGGCAAAUCUGCAGUUUAUGCUAGAGACACAAGUUACAAUUUCAAGCAGUCUGGUGGAGGUCUUGUGCAGGUUUGCUCAAUCAUUCUACUACCCUUGUCUCUGCUCAAAGGUUUUAUGGUGCUAGAAAAACCUGCAAUGCGCUUUUUUAAUAAAAAAAAUCAGAAGGCAACACUGGAACCAAGGAAAGAAAGGCUUGUGUCCACUGCAGGGGCCAAGACGUCUCCCAUUACUCUUUCCACUCUCAUGAAAACCAUUUCAUCUCUAGUUACAGAUCCUUCAAACCCCUGAAUCUGUCUAUUGAUAAUGUUUACCCAACAUUGGUCGAGCUACAUGAAGGAUUGAGCCAGUUCUGAUGAAGGCAGAUCUUUAUGUCCUUGCCCUGGUGGCCCACUCCACAAAUUUAACGAGCCACCAGGGUAACUGCUUCAGGAGCAACUGCGCAGAGCUUGCUCCUUGAAGUUUGCAAGAUUUUCACCUUUCAGCCCCAAGCCAUGCUGCAACUUGAACAUACCAGUACCUUCUCGGGAAAGACUGGGAUUCUGUGUGGGCUGGGUGACUUCUGUAUAUCUGUUGAGAAACUGGGCUGUAUAAAUAUACCUCAUAUCUCUGCUGUCCCAGUUUGUGCUCCUAUUCAUUCAUCCAGCUCAAAGAAGCCCAACACAUGCUAUAGAUCUUCACAUAGAUCUACACACUGAUGGUGACUUCAGCUGAAGGCACUUCAACUCGUUGGCAAUUGAGUAUUUACCCCAGUGUGUCUACUGUACAGACAUAAACUGCUCUUCAAAGAAUCUAACAGAUAAUAUUUAGAGUCAAAUGACAUUAAAAGCCAGGUGGAGCAACUAUUGGGAACAUAUUGCUGUUACGAAGUGCAUAUGAACAGGCCAGAGGUGAGCCACGCUCUCUGCAAUAACCCUGUCUGGAGUACCUAUGUUCAAGAGAACAAAAUCACAGGGACUCUCAUUGUCAACACUGCAUCCACUCAUUUGGUCUAAACUUAACUACUGUUGCCUCUCCUUUUCUCUCACAUAUAUUGUCCCUGAUCUCAAAAAGGAACGGUCCAUGCUCCUGAGGUGUACCUUUUCCGACCCCACCCUGAGGAAAUCCGUACUCGGCCAUCUAUGGUGACCCUCACCUGCCUGAUCACUGGGUUCACCCCAAAGGCAAUUUCUGUCCAGUGGCUGAAGAAUCACAAUGCUAUACCUGACGAUCACCAUGUCAACACCCCAGUCAUGAAGAACAACAACAACCAUUCCUACUUCAUGUACAGCCACAUGAAAAUCGCAUUAACUGACUGGAACAACGGAAAUGCGUUCACCUGCAUGGUUAUCCACGAAGCCCUCCCCAUGAAGUUCACCCAGAGGACCGUGGAGAAAUCCCAGGGUAAAAAAUGAUGACCAUCCCUCCUACGGCAUUGCAACCUCUUCAGCCUCUCCCAGAUUUUCCUCUAGCAUUGUUAGAUAAACCCUGUGUAAAUAAUUUCCAUGCAUGCGUGUUUGGCCUAUGGCUGAAUAAAAAGAGAACCAACUCAGAUAUAUCCCAUGUUGUGGUCAUUUGCAGGAGAAUCGAUGACUAGCGUGAGUUUUGGAAAGCGGGGGGUGGAUUAAUUAAGUGGGUAUUCAUGGUAUUUGGAAGCAAAAUGUAUUCACCAUUAUCAGAGCUAUGCCAUGGGAGGCAGAGGUGCAAACGUCUGAUGUCAGUAUAUGUGUAUUUUAAUGCUCACAACAGGCCCUUGAUAAGUGCCAAAAGUGAGAGGGAUUUGGUCCAAAGACACCAACUGAGCUUCAUCUAGUUGGGUGGUGAUUUGAAUCUGGGUCACAUUCCACCAGGCUCAAGUCCAAUAUCCCAUCAUCUGCUCCACCCUGGCUUCCAUCUAUACAUGUGCAUACACAGGAAGCUGCUCUCCUUUUAACGUCUGGUGCUGAAAACAACAAAUAAGCUGCUAAUUCGCUACUGAGGAAUAUCUCUGUACCAGUCUCUGCCUCCUUCAGCCAACUGCCACCAGGCCUCAGUUCCUCAGGGGUUGAAACCAAUUGACCAUAGCAGAGUUGCUGUGUUCACUGCAUUCCAACAACAUAAUUAUAGCUCAGUGCUCUUUAUAUUUUUUUUAUCUGCCACGCCCCCCCCCCAAAAAAAAAUCAAAGCCCAAAGUUCAUCCAAUAAGUUUGCCUUUUUAGGCACCCAUAUAUAUAGAAGGGAGUCCUGCCCAUAUCAGAAUAUUUUGCAUUGCCUCUCCUUCCUCUGCCUGCUCCAAAUAUUGAUAUAUGGUACAUGACGUAAGAAGCUGGCUCAUUGGUUUGCCUACUCAUAGUAGGCCCACUGAAGUUAAUUGAUAUGUGCAAUUUAGGUUCAUUCGUUUCAAUAGGUCUACGCUGAGUAUGAUUAGCAUUGGGUGCAAGCUAUGCAGCGUUCUCUGUCGCAGAGCGGGAACCUUGUUCCAAUAAGAGGUGCAGAGCUAUCUGUAUGGAGGUGCAAUACAGAGGCCAAUGUCAUCCUGUGGAAAGUUAGUUCAAUGGGGCACAGCAGCAUGAGCAGCAGGGACAGAAAGUAGGCAGAAUUCACCUGGUGCAACAUAUGUGCACACUCCCCGCUUCAACACAUGUAGCUUCCCUUCAUAUCAACUCACCUGGCCUGGAUUUCAGUGACAGGGCAGAAGAAAUGAGACAAUGCAAAACACCUGCAUUGCUUGAAAGCAAAGAAUAGUUUCUGAGAGCCAGCUAUAAUGGGAUGCCAUGGGGGGAGGGCAUUUUGAGGGGGCAACCCACAGUUUGCUGGGGCUGCAUUUCAGGUCACCGCACAAGGCAGCAGAAUGUGUGUAAACCCCUUAUGCCCUGCUACGCCCUCUUCCAGGUCAAAACACAGCGAGUGUUUACACAGCCGCAUGUGCCUUGAAUGUGCACAAAAUGGUUGUUGUGUAUAUAGGGAGAGGUUUUCUCCCUUAGCGCUCUCCACGGUUACAAUAGAAGCACCAUAGGGAAAGGUUAUUUUAAUCCAGAACCACAUAAAAAAAUAACCCCCCCUUGCACCAGGAUCCUGACAAAAAAAUGGCCUUCAAAGUGGCUAUUAACUGUUAAAAAGAAUCAGAAGAAAUUUCAUUUGACACCUUUAGCAUCACAUCAGUAAGACAUGGGGGGUGGGGAGGAUAAUAAUAAACCUAGUUUGACCCUGAACUUGAGAUGGGUGAGCAAACUGAGCCAAGCCUGGCUAGAUGAGUACACAAGUCAGAUGGAGCCAUGAGAAAGAAUCAAAUUUACAGAAUAUUCAGGCCAUAAUAAUGGAUUGUUCAUAUAUUAUUGGGUGGGUUAUGAGAAAUAAAAGGUCCAAUCAAGACACAUAUGUACACAAUGCAAAAAGGCAGAGCGAGGAUAUGUUUUCCAAAAUGAUAGUCAGGGAUCCCCUCAGAACCAUCCCAUCAAAUACGAAAGAGCAAAAUCUCUGACAUUUUACAAAAUCGGAGAAGGGAGAAAAUGGAACUUUCAAGUACACUUUUCCCCAGUCACCCCUCCUUUUGGAAACCAGACACAACAUCUCCACUAAGUCACUCUUGUCCUAGUUAUGCUGCAAGGGUCCAGCCUCAGCCAUCACACACAAACUCCCUACCCACACCUGCUCCCUGGUUACUCCUUGAGUCAGUGUUAACAGUACUUAAUGUACUGGUUAGUGUUUGUUUUGGUGCUUAGAACUCCAGAUUCAAAUCCCUCCUCAGCCAUGAAGCUCACUGCGUGGCCUUUCUGGACAUCCCUCAGAAAACGAGUUAAUUUAAGACUGUGCUAAAACAUGCCCACCUCCUCAUUUAUUGAGGAUUAUUCCAUCCAGCCAUCUUCUGUGACUCACUGAAACUGUCAAGACUAGGAUGUAUUUUGUCAUGUGGUGAAACGGUUAACCAACUGUUUUGAACACCUCUGAACAUUGCUAUUCCUCAUUGAUUUAUUACCUGAAAAAAAUGGAAGGCAAAUAGCAUUCUGCAGAUGAAUUGAAACACAUUGCACAACAGGUUCAUCCUAAACAAACUGAUGAGAAUUAGAUGAACUGGUACUUUAGGCAGAGUGUCGGAAAAGAGAGAAGGGGAGAGAGAGCGAGAGAGAGAGAAGUGUUGCAACAGAGUGAAGUUACUCUGUAGGACAAGGCACAAACAUUACGUGGGGUGAACAGAGAGAGUUCCCAAAGAGCCAACACCAAGCCACUAUUGCAAAAUUUAGAUAAUAUUAAUUGUUAUAUAGGCCACAGGUGAUCUUGCAGGUAUAUAGUUAGUGCAUCAUGGAUUUUGUAGUCUAUGUUAGACUGUACGAAAUAGAAGGAAUAAUAUUAGUAGUACAUAAUUCGGCAUAAUUCUAUAUGUACAAUUAGAUAUUAGUGGUGGGUGAAGGGAUGGCUGAAGUUAUGGGAUAUUUUAUGUUGAACACUGGAAAUGACGUCUCUCUCUCUCCCCCUCACAGAGGUGGCUGUGUCAACAAUUGAUGAUUACAGCGAUGAAAAAGAGGAGGAAAUGGAUCGUCUCUGGGUCACCAUCUUUGUUUUCUUCAUUCUCUUCCUCCUCAGUGUUUCUUACAGUGCCACCAUUACACUGUUCAAAGUGAGUAGAGAGGAACGUCUGUUAUAUGUCUACAUUUGAAUCUUACGAUGUGGAGUGACAGAGGCAGCAGAAACACCACUGGGAUGGAGGGUGGGAAGCAAAGGAUAAGGCUGAAAUAUUUGUACUCUUUAUUGUAAAUUAGUGAAUGGUUCUGUGAAGGACUCGGCACAUACCUUUACAUAUCCUUGAUGCCAAAUAGUCCAUUAGAUACCCCAUUAAAAUCAGAUGACUGGGAUGAAGGAAAAUAUUUGACUUGCUGAUCUGCAAGAGAAGUUUAGGGAUAGGAAGAUGCUGGAGAUGCAAUGGUUGAGGGUACAUUCUUCCAUAUGUGGUGGACCUGUAAAAGGUUAAAAGCGUAUUGGGAAAUAAUCCACAAUGAAUUGAAAAAAAUGUUUAGAAGUACUUCCCUCCCCCCCCCCCAAAAAAACAACAACCAGAGUCCUUUUUGUUGGGGAUAAUUCAGACGGAAAUUCCCAGGUGUCAGAAAAGGUUGUUUAUGUAUGCCACCACUGCAGCCUAUGUUUUGUUAGCCCCAAAAUGGAAAACGAGUGAGGUCCCAGCUAAAGAAGAAUGGCAACUUAAACUGAUGGAAUAAACGCAGCUUGUGGACCUAACAUAUAGAAUAAGAGAACAAGAAGAACAUAUGUUUAAAGAAGAUUGGGAAAUGUUUAUUGAAUGUAUGGGGGGAAUUUUGUACACUUGAGAAAGUUGGCAGCAUUAAGAUAAAUUCAACAGUGUAAACAAAUUUUGUUGGAUAUAAUAAUGGAAUACUGGAUGGUUUAGUUUAUGUAAAAUAUGCAGGGAUUUAUAAUAUGCAAAAAGAACCAUGGAAAGAGAAGAAAGGAAGUCAUUGGCAUUUUAAGGUUGUUUAAAUGAAUAUUCUAAAGUGUAAAACAAAAAAUUUAAUUAAAAAUAUAUUUAAAAAUGGGAUAGGAAGAUGCAGAAGGAUGGCAAGGAAUGAUGUUAGUAUACAGUGCCAAAAGAAAGUACUUAUUCACACAGCAUAGCUAAGCUAUUGAAUUUGUUCCUACAAGAGGUAGUGAUGGCCCCAGACUUUGAUGGCUUUAGAAAUGAUCACACAAAUUCCUGGAGGAGGAAGGCUAUCAAUGGCUACCAACCUCAAUGGCUAGGUUCCACCUUCAUUGCUCAAGACAGUGUUCCUCUCAGUACCAGUUGCAUUCAAAUCCUGCCUUUGGGCUUUCCACUACAGCAUCUGGUUGGCCACUGUGGGAGCAGGAGGCCAGACUGCAUGGACACUCUUUGACCAGAUCCAGCAGGGUUCUUCUAUGUUCUUACACUUUCUUGUAAGCUGGUGGUUUAUAAAUAAAUAAGUAAAUAUAAGGAAUAAGUACAGGGUAAGUAAUAAUACAUCAUACAACUUGCAACCUGUGACUGGCAGGAAACAGGGAGGACAAAACCACGAAUGACAAAUAGAACAUGCAGAUCUUUCUUCUUCCACACGCACUUCUGUUCUGUGUCUUCCUUUCUCCUCACUCUCAUUCCUUUCUGCAGGUAAAAUGGCUCUUCUCCACUGUGGUGGUCCUGAAAAAGCAGCCAGCAGGCCCUGACUAUAAGAAUGUGCACCAAUGA